AUGCUGUGUUCUCUUUCCGGUGAAGCUCCUCAAGAGCCUGUCGUUUCCAAAUUAUCAGGCGCUGUAUUUGAGAAGCGACUGAUUGAGAAGUAUAUCGAAGAGAAUGGAAAAGAUCCUGUGAGCGGGGAGGACUUAACCCUCGACGACCUUUUACCUAUCAAAUCUUCACGCGUCGUACGACCCCGACCGCCUACUCUCACUUCGAUACCAGCCCUUCUAUCUACUUUCCAAAAUGAAUGGGACGCCCUGGCGCUAGAGACCUAUAAUAUUAGAGAACAGCUGGCGCGAACGAGGGAGGAGCUUGCGACGGCCCUUUACCAGCAUGAUGCAGCUGUCCGUGUUAUUGCGAGAUUGACUAAAGAACGGGACGAAGCUCGAGAUGCGCUGUCUAAGGUGACUGUUUCGGCAGGCGGCGCAAACAAUGGCGAUGCUAUGGCGGUCGACGCUGAAGCCCUACCUGAGGAGCUAGCAGCUAAGGUGGACGAGACACAAGCGAAACUAUCCAAGAGCCGAAAGAAGCGACCCGUUCCGGAGGAUUGGGCAACAGCAGAGGAUAUUGCUACGUUCGCAGUCGAAACCACGAACUCUCUCCCCGUCCCCCAAGCUACAACGGUUAGUGUCGAGGCUACCUAUGCCGCUGUGGGCGGAUUGCAGGGUGACGUUGCUAUCUACUCGAUUGAUUCGGAUAAUGUCGAGCGUGCAUUACAAGUCAACGAACCCGUGACGGAUUCGAUAUGGGACGGGUCCAGAGUUUUCUUCUCGACUUCUAAGGGCUCUGUGAAAGUAUUUGAGAAUGGCAGCGAGAUCGCAUCAUUCUCCGAUCACGCCGGCCCAGCUACCGGCCUUUCCAUUCAUCCGAGCAAGGAAAUAUUGGCAUCUGUCGGCUCUGACAAGAGUUUCGUAUUUUAUGAUCUGGCUAAUUUGCGUCGCGCCACGCGUGUGUACACCAAUGCCACUUUAACAGCUUGCGCCUUCCAUCCUGACGGCCAUCUCUUUGCUGCUGGUACCAGUUCUGGCGAGAUCAAGCUAUUUAUGACUAAGACCGGAGAGGAAGCAGCCUCGUUCCACUUAGGGGCUCCUGUGCAAGCCAUUACCUUCUCCGAAAAUGGUUUCUGGUUUGCAGCCACGGCAAAGGGACAGACUACGGUUACUAUAUUUGAUCUGCGCAAGGAGGGGGAAGCUGCACAGGUCAAGGUGUUGGAUAUCGGUAGCGCAGUACAGGCCCUCGCAUGGGAUUAUUCGCAGCAGUUUCUCGCAACAGCUGGACCCGCCGGAGUCACAGUACAGCAAUACAGCAAAAGCUCCAAGUCUUGGUCAGAACCUUUACGAGCAGCAGUCAGUGCAGUCAGCGUCAAGUGGACUGGAAAUGCAAACAAGCUCGUAGCUGUUAAUGGAGAUGGAGUGAUUAGUGUUCUUACCGCUAAGGAGUCGUAA